AUGUACCCCUUUUUGGGGGCUCCGGAGGUUCUGGCACCUGGAAUUGUCCCAGGAUCCUACAUGGGCCGGCAGCAGGGGGAACAGCUCCCAAAUGGCAUGAUUCGAUCAAUGCCGAAGUGCACGGCCGUCACAUACGACUAUAUCGCACAGCUAUCCCUUCCUCUGACAGACCUCGAAUUACUGGCAAACAACUCAUUGCACCGCAUCCGUUGUCGCUCUCUUAAUGUACAGAAAGAAUCGGCGCUACCAGAGGAAGAGGUCCUCGAGACUUGCUUCCGCUCGUAUGGCGGCAUGGGCGUUGGUGUCCUCGUAGGGCACGACGAGAGCAAGUGGCAGAUACCAGAUCAUUGCGUGUUUGGUGGACUGGAUCGCAUCGAUAUCUCAUCGCCGCAAGCCCUCCCUAACGCCUCCUUUAUUUCCACGUUCCUGCCUCGACACCCUUCCCUAAACACGAUCUGCCUUCGACAACAGUUCCAGCCAUUACGGACAGCUCCCAGACGUGGAGACAUCCUUCUAGCUUCCUUGAAGCACCUUCCAUGGUGUCGCGAUUUCUACGACGUCGCCGCGAAAUCAAAAUCCCAUGAUAUCAUAUCGUUUGGCAUGCUGGAGCUCUCUAGGACGUCCGAAGGAACUUGGACGACCUCUAAGGCGAACAUGUUUGUCAGCUCAGGCGAUAUCCGAAUCCUAUCGCUUUCGUUGCCUAUGUUCCACUGUGUUCGAAGGUUGCGGAUCAAGAACGACUCGAUAGGCCCAGCGAGUAAUCACGACCUUCUUACUAUGCUAUCGGAGCUAUCAUCUCAUCUUCACUCUAUCGACGAACUCGAGAUCUCAGGCUUCGCGCUCUGCGACUGCAUCUAUGGUCUCUAUCGACCCCGACCCAAUCAAAUCACUCUCGCCAAACCAAAGAUGUCGGUACAAGAAUGGGAAGGGUUGAAGCCUGAACUCUCCGAGUACGCGGAGCAUUUGAGUGGAGCUGUUGAGGUUUUAGCGGAGAAAUGUCGCUUUCUGAAGGAUGUUACGGUGUUCACCCCGGAGGGCGGGCUGAACGGACCUUGCUUGAAAUACCAUAGGAAGGGCACUACCAGUGAUGGGACACGGACGGGGAGGAUGAAUACGUAUGUUCUGCGACGCGGUAGUCUGAAAGGACUCGGGCCUCGACUUCGUACGGUGUCGGCACCACGUACCUCGCCGUGCCAACUUGCCAUUGUAUUUUACUGA